AUGGGCGAUAGUCCGUCUGCGACCCUCCUCUGGAACAUGACGGGCCUCUACCGCAAAUGGACAGCGUCUUGCGGCGGUGUGGGCACACUCCGACCCCAAAUCAGAGCUACAAGGCGUCGAGCCAAAGGCACAGAAGCACUUACACUUGGGACCAAAGAGCGUGCGAGGAGGGCUCCAGGUCCCCGCAACGAUUAUUUGGGUGUAGGCGACCAUGUCAUGCAGCGCGAGAUCUGUCUCGACGGAUUAGCGGAGGAUGGAUACCUUGCGCCCGGGAGCGAGGUCAUUACGCUGCCGGGGGCGGGGCAUUGGGUGCCGCUUGAGAGCGAGUGUUUGGGUGUGCUUGCUGGUGUGUUGCGGGGUCUUAUGGGGGGUGCUGUGGCAAUGCUAACAAGGGAGAUGGGGGAGAUGGGAGGAUUAGGGUAG